UGCGAACGGUCCAGUCAGUGAGGCAGCGAGUCGACUAUUCGCGUUUGCAAAGUCGAUCAAACAAUACGUAGUUACAGUGCGGCUCGCGUUACGUUCUCGUGUGCUUUUCGUAAUUUCCAGUGUUGGUAAAUUGUGUGCUUUAAAUUAAUUAUCAAAAGGUUCAAGGAAUAUACAGCAGAAGAUGCCGUGUAACUGUAAGGUGGAAGAGUCGAGUGCAUCAUCACCACAUCAGAACGGAUGCGAGAUGAGCGCUCGGAGCGCGCCAGGCCAGAAUGGCCACAGCGCUCAUCGGAAACUGUUCCAAGAUAAUGGUCGGGAAGAAGUAAGGGACAGCAACGGUGACGAACCAGUAGACCGAGAUACUGUUAGGUACCCCGAUGGCACAGUGCGCCUACGAAACCCGAACAUCGAGCUAAUGGACCAAGACAUAUUAUACCACUUGGCACUCGGUAGCGGCUCUCACGAUCUCGUUGAAAUGUUCGGAGAUGUUAAGUUUGUAUGCAUGGGAGGUACCCCGAAGCGGAUGGAGCAAUUCGCGUACACGAUCAUGGCGGAGAUUGGACACAAGCUGCCGUGCGGGACCACUCUGCAGGACAUCAGCCAGUUCUCCUACAGAUACUCUAUGUACAAAGUGGGGCCUGUUCUCUGUAUCAGUCACGGAAUGGGUAUACCGUCAGUGGGCAUCCUGCUUCACGAGGUGAUCAAGCUGAUGUACCACGCGAAGGUCCGGGAUCCCGUGUUCUUCAGGAUCGGCACGUGCGGCGGCAUCGGCUACGAGGGCGGUACUGUCGUCAUCUCCGAGGAGGCCGUUGAUGGCGCCCUCAGGAAUGUUCUAGAACUGACGGUACUGGGCAAGAAUAUCCAAAGGCCCGCCAAGUUGGACAAGCGGCUUGCGCGCGAGUUGAAGGGGCUGGCCGAUCCCGAAGACCCGUACGACACUGUCACCGGGAAGACUAUGUGCACAUACGAUUUCUACGAAGGCCAGGGUCGGCUGGACGGAGCGUUCUGCGACUUCACAGAAGCUGACAAGAUGGAGUACUUGGAAAGCAUUCACAAGUCAGGCGUCGUCAACAUUGAAAUGGAGUCGCUCGCGUUCGCUGCGCUGACGCAUCACGCGGGCAUUAAGGCAGCGGUUAUCUGUGUCACACUGCUAGAUAGGCUGAGGGGAGAUCAGGUAUUAGCUCCCAAGGAAGUUUUAGAUGAGUGGCAGCAAAGACCAACAAAGCUGGUUUGCCGUUAUAUCAAAAGAUAUCUUCAGAUGAAGGGGCGCCUGUCCCUGGACGGGCAUGGGUCGAUUGCAGUGAAGAGCCCUCGCCGGUUCAAGCUGGUGCAGCAGGAGUCGGAGAACUACGACUAAGCGAGGCCGCGGUACUGCCCACCGUGGAGUCUUGUCGCACUGACCAUAUUGGGCUUGCACUGGUUUUAGCCAUCUGUGCCGAUCGCUCAAAUCUUUAUUAUUUUUGAAUUAGUUUCUAUUUUAUAUUUUUAUUACUCCGCAUCUUCAAAAACAUAUAUUUUUUCGACUACCUUUUGAAAGUUUACGAAAAAAUCUGGAUAUUUUAGGAAUGAUCGCUUUUGUCAAAAAGUUUAGACUUGUGCAAAACAUUGUAAAAUAUUAAAGUCGAGGUAGUACAGAACCGCUUCAUAAAAAAUAAAAGCAUAAAGAAAGUUAAAUCCACAUCACACUGCCAAAAUGUAUCUAGCUGGAUCAGAAGUGACAUAGGCGUAUAGGCAUUAUUCUGCACCCCGACAAUUUCUUGACUGUUAUACCUACUUCGCUAAAUUGUGGAAUCUAAGUCUGGUAAUCUACUAAUUUAUGAAAUUUUUGACUUGCUGAACGAAAACGAAAUGUAGUAGAAUGUAUAUAGCGAUCAAUUGUGGCGAGACCGGCGUAUACCUAAGUAUAUUAUUAUUAUAAUGGAUUUAUUUAUUAUGCAUGUUAUGAUAUAUUUAACUUUAAUAAAUACUCUUUGUGUUGACGGUAUUAUAUUGUUAGUUGGUAAUUUAACAAAGAAUAAAAUAUUAUGCCGAUGUAAAAACUAAGUGUGUGGUAGAGUUGCCAGGUUGACACGAUAGGUACUUGGAUUGGAAUAUAAGUGUGUAUUAUAAUCGUGUGAUGGGAAAGAAUCGAAAUAACUUUUCGUAAUUUAAAAAUGAAAAACGUUAGGCGAAAUAUUUCGUCAUAAUAUUACGUGUUCAAAUUGUUGCACAAUUUGGCGUAGUGCAUAUGCAUGAAAAACAAAAUAAGUUAACAUAAAUCGUCUGAUAUCGGGUGUGUCGUACCUAAUCACAUACCUAUAAAUGCUAUCACAUAAUUACUUUAUGGUAUUCUAUGGCGAAUCGUAAAAAAAAUAAGCUAAUUAAAUCCACUCAGUGCUUUAGCCGAAGGAGUCAUUUUUCGUUUUCAUAAUUUACAACAUCAUGUGUAAAGCAGAAAUACAGUGAGAGUAUCGAAUGUUUUGACCAGUUGACAGCUGUCAGUUUUCAAGAGAGAAUUUCCGUUGUUUGUAAUGACUGACUCUUAGGUAUAUAGUGUUCUAAUUCUCGCACAUUUUUAUUCUAUUUACUUUGUUUGAAACAAUUUUUUACGUAUUUUAUUUUUUCUUUGUGCAAAUCGCCAUAUACUAACCAGUAUAUUAACGUAUUUAAUUUAAUGUGAUUAGGUACGACACCCGAUAUAAGUUUUCUGCCAAUCUACUGUUGUUCUAAUCUUUUAUCGACUUAUACUUACGAGAAAAUCCAUGUUUUUUGUUGAGUAUACUUACCUAUAUAAGAGCCAAUGCACGGCGUGAAUCUAAGUGUGUUGCUAUGAUUGCGCGAUAUUAUAAAGCUAGGUACAAUUGUACAAUUAGAUGUUCGUUUGGUUAUGUUGUUGCACAAACUGUAUUAGCGACAAUUGUGAUAAUAUUUGGCAGUAGUGUUAAAUUUAAGGACCACGACAAACGUUCUGAUUAUUUGAUGGUGACGUUUGUUUUAAGGAGACAUCUCCUUCAUUGUCAUAGAAAUGCUAAGCUUUUGAAGUUUGAACACAUAUCUACUUACAUCGAAGGAACACUUAAAAACAUUCAUCAUAACAGCCUUUCAGUGACGGUAUUUCCUCUCGGUUGGUCGAACAACACUAUGUUUGUAUUGGCGAUUUGUUGGUGAAUGGCUUUUAACAUCAUUUCGUGCCAACAGUUGUCAAUUGUUUUGAUGCCGGUGUGCAUGUUCGAGCCGGGAGAUCCAGAAAUGUAGGCUGUUAGGUAGGUAAAGAUGAAAAUGCAAGAGUUUCUCAGUUUCCUUGUAAUGCCCAUCGCCAUCAGAAAAUCGUACGUUUGUUCCAUUGAUUUAAUGUGCUUCCACGAAUGGUUAUUGUUGAUAUAUAUGCACGAAGCGUUGUCAACAUAUUGCUUUAUAUGUUACAAAAUAUAAGUAUAGUAUAAGAUAUUCCAGUUAUAUACGUUGACGUAGUUUUCAUAUUAUAAGACAUCUGAUAAUAAGAAUGUUAAUCAUUGAAAUUAAAUAGAUAAUCUUAUAUCUAAUGGAUUUGAAAGUAACUAUUACAAAAAAUAUUUAUUAUGAAAAAUGACCAAAUCUAAUCUCAGACCGAUAGAUUAUCAAAAUGGGAAAAUGGCACAACAGCUCGUGUGCUACGCUAUACAACAAUGGCAAGCCAGUUAGUUAUGAUAGUAGGUAAUAAGGCCAAUGCUACGAUAUCAUUUAGUUUAUAAUAUAUAAUAGUCCUAAUUAUAUCUAAUGUUAAAAUAUGUUAUUGUAUUACAUAUUGUGUAAUAAUAUACAAACGUAGUGAAAUUUAAAGAAAACUUUUGUUAACUAUUUCAAAUUAAAACAUAUCUUAUUAUAUCUAUCUUUGAGAAUUCUUUUAUCAUCAUGUUUUAAACUGCCUCUUUUAAUAACUUAUCAUCGAAAUAUGCUUCUUAGGUGUUAUUAUAUACUACUACUGUAACUUUUACAAUUUAAACUUCUACAACAAUGUCUAAAUAUUUACUCUCUUAUUAUGAAUUUCCAAUGAGGUUCAUUACUUAUUUAUCCUACUCAGUGUGUUAUAUUAUGAGGUGUUUACUAAGUAUUUAACUAGAUUUAAAUAUUUUUAAACGUGUACACAUAGGCUUUGUUGUGUAAUAACUAUAGGGCACUGUUACUAGAUAUUAAUGAAUUAUCGGCCACAAUACGAAGUGUUGUUCAAUCCAUAUCCUUGUGGCAUGUCGUAAAGCCCAUCUAUAUAUCUAAACCUUAUAUCAUAACGAAUAAAACAGUUUAUGUACCUAUAUUUUUGUAAAAUAAAUAUAUAGGAAUAACCCAGUUAAUUUAAAUCACAGUUUUAUUGUGUCUAAUUAAUUCAAGUUUUUAAUACUGUGUCUUAUGUUAUUGGAUACCUAUUUAAUUAUCUGUUCAUAAAACUUAUCUACACCAUACAUCUCCCAUAGGUACCUCUGUUAUUUGAUUGGCUCUAAAAAUCACAAAAUUAGUAAGUGGCCCAGUGACAAAAUGGCUUUUUGGUCUAGUUAUUGCCUUAUAACAAGUAUGGUACUUUGCUUGGCCAGUAGCCAGUAGUUUCAAAAAAUCUAAACAUCCAGUCAGACGGUAGCAGCAAACCCUUCUCAUAAUGUGUAUGUUUGUAGAAUAAAUCGUUGUUUCAUGGCCUUUACAUAUUGCUGAUAUUGAUGAAUCUUUAUCAACAAAGCUAUUGUUGCGAGAUAAACUGUAAUUGUUGCCAUUUUAAGAGCUGAUGUGUACGAGAGUGGGUGAUUAUUAGGCGAUGGGAAAAUAAACACUGCUGCAUGUUCAUCUAGAUUUAUCUCAUAAUGGUACGCUUACCUAUUUAUUUACAAUAAAAUAUCGAUUAAGUUAACAUAUUAAUGACAGUGAGGCUAUAUGUAUUAAGGAUUUCGUGUACAGUGAAAAAUGGCACCAGAAUCGUAUAAGUACAUACUGAGAUAACAACGACGAUUUCCUUUCCCUUUAACUUAUUUUUUGUAACAAGAUUGUGGUGUAAUAACUAUAUGCCUUAGUUAAAGUACUCGCACGUAAGUAAAGUCAAUUGACUGAUGAAGGUAACACACUGUAUUUAAUAGAUAGUCUAUGCCUUUGAAGUACAACACUUUAUCAUUCAUUUAAUUGAAAUACAAGAACAUUAUCUAUUUGACCAAAUAUGAGUGCUAGGACAGCGAGGAAUACAUAUUAUGUAGUUAAUUUAAUUUAUUUAAACAUGGGAACGUCUGAUUGCAGUCUAUUUAACAAGUUAAAGGUACUAAUGUGGAAUAUAUGGAUUUGCAUUAUAUUUAAUCAUUCAGUCUUUAUAAUACAUAGUAAACUGUUAAAAUGUACUUUAUUGUUGGUUAUUCGUAUAGUUAUGACAUUUGAUGUAAGUACUUAAUUAAAUGAGCAAGUAAGUUA